AUGAGCUUCACCAAGAAAGCUCUCCCAUACACGAAAGAAUUCGAUCGCGCAGAAUGGUCCAGCUUAUGCGCAUACAUAGCACUUCACCACGAAGCUGCUCGCGCGCCGAACCCAGACAUCCCUGAUGCACUCGGCUUCUCGCUGCGAUCGCUCCAGCUGAACAUCAUCGCCGGCAAGCCAGAUCUUGGCUGGGAUACCAUCUCACCCAUCACAGCGGCAGACUACACCACCAUGGUGCGCAUGCGCAAGGAAUGGGGUGCUAGUGGCGUGUUUGGAGGCAUGGAUCUCGAGUGGGCGGAACAGUUGAUGGAGAUCAAGGGUCUGAGGAAAUUGAAUGUGCAGGCGCUGGUGGAGCAUUGCGCUAGGCCGGUGAGCGAGAAGCAGGCUUUUUGGGUAGCAUUUAGUAAGAGUGUGGUUGAGGGUGGCUUUGCGGAAUGGAUGCAGGGCGUCAUGGUUCCCUGA